AUGCUCGCCGACCCCCGCGAUCGCGCUUGGUGGUUGCACGAGCUCUGCGUCUCCAUCCCUGCGACAGACUACGAGCGUGCCGCAGAGGAGCCUGAACGUGAACCGUUGCAGGUGCACACCUUCCUGGCCAACCUACUCGAGGCAGCCCCGAACCUCCGUGUUCUGUCGCUCGGCGACAUGGACAGGGCUCUCCAAGUCGAGCCGCGCUUCGGCCGCGCUCUCAGUUCUUUGGCGCACCUCCACACCAUCAAGCUCGCCGGUGUGUCUCGUCCCACCUUGGAGUUCGCCAGAAAGAUGACGAGUCGCCCCUCGGAUGUGACCCUCGAGUUCGUGAGGCCCUUCUCCUCCUGGGUACCGAAUUACCUGGAUUUCAUCUCGCUGAGCAACCUGCCUUUGUUCGACAAGGCAUACGCCAUGCAGAUUGAUUGCCUCGGGCCCCUCGCAGGUGAUCUGUACCGCUCUGAUAUGCAUCUUAGCAGCCAUCCGAGCGUACGUAUAGUCCGCCUUGGCAACGGGGGCAGUAUCCUCCCCUUGCACCGGCUGUUCCCUAGUAUGCAGUCGCUGUAUUUGACGGACAUCAAUGACCCGUUAUGGGACCAAUGCGUGUGGCCGCAGCACAUGCCUCUGGUCGAGGAUCGGCAGGACGUUAACACGGGGACACGGCGAGAUGGAUUCGGCCCCCUGCGUGCGAUGAGACCCGUCUACCUGUCCGUCGGCACUGGUGUGCGUCGGCCUCGAGAGCCCGCCUCGCUGAAACACUGGGCGUCGUUCUUGACAGUGAACCUGGGCCCCGAAGGGAGGCUGCGAUGCCUCGAGCUCGAGGUGUUGUCUUUCCGGCGUGCGGAGAAGCCGCUGCCGUUCGUGAAGUGGCUCAUUCCCCUCCUCGCGCCGGCUGCUAUCGUGUGCGUCAAAGUGCACUUCAACUUCGACCGCGCACCCCGCUUCGGCUCCCCGGGGUUGCCGCCCCAGGCGCAGCGGGACGAGGCCCAUGACGCGUCUACCGAGUCUAGUCUCCGGAUUCGUGUCCUCGGGGAGUGCACCUGGUGGCGGAUAACCACGUCCGCAGACACAGGCGAGCGAUGCGCGGAGUGGAUCUCGGACGAGGCUGGGGCGCGGGUCGAUCGCUACAUGCGCUCGGCCGAGUUUGAGGAGACGUUAAGCCUGGAUGGGUUCGUCUUGGCUGAGUCCUAG